CAGACAUCCAGCUUCGCGUACCAAAACCCGGUGUUGUUUACUCACCGCCUCGAACUUCCUUAAAAGUAAAUAAACCGAUUUGCAGGAAUUCUGUUAUUUUGGUGUGUUUUGCGCAUUGAUUUCGUUUAGAGCAUAACCGGUUUGCCCGUUGACUUUUUUUCCCAAUCAAAUUGAGUACCUUUUACGAAAACUGAAAGUAUUGCUAAAAUGACAACUGAACCCGUGUUCCCAGAGGAACCGGUUCUUUAUGAAUUCCAACAUGGACUUAAACAGAUCAUUAAGGAGUGCAUGGAGCGGGGGUUGUGUUAUGCUUCGCGAUGGGCUGCGGAAAUGUUAAAUGGAAUGAAACCUUUGGAUCUAGAUGGUGCUCCUUUCUCUUCUACUCCUGCUCGCGACUGUGCGGAAUUGAGUGCGUCCGACGUUACUGAUGCUCUUUUGGAACGCCAGGAAGAAAGCAAGUACUUUUUAGGAAAAUCUUAUUUUGACUGCAAAGAGUUUGAGAGAGCUGCGUACGCGCUCAAGGAUUGUAAAUCCUCAAAAUGUGUUUUUGUCGCCCUCUACAGCAAAUACCUUGUUGGCGAGAAACGACGCGAUGAAGAAAAUGAUGAGCAACUUGGUGUCAACGACAGUGCAGUGAUUGUAAAUCGAGAACUGUCAGCCAUCGCAGAAACUUUAAACGCACUUCUGAAUAACGGGAAUAACGAUCCUUACUUACUGUAUCUCCAAGGUGUGAUACUACGCCAGCGAAAACAGUUAGAACAUGCGAUUACAUACUUUUUAAAAUGUGUGAGCCUUCGUCCUUUCUUCUGGUCAGCAUGGCAAGAGUUGUCGGCUUGCUUGGAUAGUGUUGAAACUCUCACAGCAACGAUGAAGCUUCUUCCUAGUGAUCAUAUAAUGACCAGGAUCUUUUUUGUGUUUGCAUCCCACGAAUUGCAUCAGGUGAACAGUGUUGUUUAUGAACAGCUGGAAGAAGCAGAACGAGUAUUCCCUAGCAGUGUUUAUUUAACAACACAGCGAGCGUUGCUUGCUUACGACGCCAGAGAUUUUGAUGAAGCAGAGGAGAUGUUUGAGGACAUUCUGAAAAAUGAUCCCUACCGACUCGAUGAUAUGGAUACCUAUUCAAAUAUUCUAUUUGUUAUGGAGCGAAAAUCAAAAUUAGGCUUCCUAGCACAGGUAUCCAGCGCAGUUGACCGUUUCCGACCGGAAACGUGCUCCAUCAUCGGCAACUAUUACAGUUUAUUAUCCGAACACGAGAAUGCUGUGACUUACUUCAGACGGGCCCUGCAGCUUAACCGGAAUUAUCUGGCUGCGUGGACCCUAAUGGGUCAUGAAUAUGUGGAGUUGAAAAACACACAUGCUGCUAUUGAAGCCUAUCGACACGCAGUCGAUGUUAAUCGGAAGGAUUAUCGAGCAUGGUAUGGCUUAGGUCAAACUUAUGAAGUGCUUGACAUGCAUUUUUACGCUUUGUAUUAUUUCCAAAGAGCGACUGCUCUCAGACCAUAUGACCAGCGAAUGUGGCAAGCCUUAGGAAACUGCUAUGAGAAAAUACAACGACCGCAGGAGGCUAUUAAGUCUUAUAAACGAGCACUCUUAGGUUCUCCUAUAAAUGUUUCUAUACUUCUUCGACUUGGCCAUUUGUACGAAGAACAAAAAGACCUAUAUUCGGCAUGCUUGAUGUUCAAACAAUGCAUUAAAGCAGAAGAAGAAGGCGGUGAGACGUCGCCAGAGUCUAUAAAAGCACGUAUGUGGUUGGCAAAAUGGGAACUGGACCAAGGAAAUUACAAACAGGCGGAGGUUUACCUCAGUGACGUUUUAAAUGGUGAUUUGGAACUUGAAGAAGCGAAAGCAUUAAUGCGGGAAUUACGGAGUCACAUUGAACACAAAAAGGAUUCUCGUUAAGGAAACCGUAAAAUCCACUUGAAACACCUUGACUGUUCAGACACUGUAAUUCAUCUUCCUUUAAGAAGCUACGUUCUUCUCAUUCCAUUGACAGAAGCUAACAUUUUAUUUGUUAGUCUUUUCAUGACUAGAGUAAUGAUAUUGUUUAAUGAUGCAUUUAUAGAAAACUGUUUCUUCAUUUAUUG